AUGCGCAAUACACCGUGCACAGGUACCGAGGUCACUUCUUCGUCUUCUCGAGAAGAUGAAGAUGGAGAAGAAGAAGACGUACACACAGACACACACACAACAUCUUCUUACUCUUCUACGUCUUCUUUAUUCCCAUUCUCUUUCCAAACACCGUCCAUCUUCCCUUCAAAACACUGUAAUUGUUAUGAGAAGAGCGGUGGUGGUGGUUUCGGAAUGGGGGAUAAAGUUGAGGAGAGCUGGUCUCGUGCGCUGCAACAAGCUCACAGUUAUCCAAUGCAAGCUGUCGAGCGAAAGAUAGUGGAUCCAACGCAGCUUCACAGCUUCCAGCACGUUGAAUCCACCUCUUUAUCGUCGCCCGAUGGAAAGAGCAAGGAGAAUAACGAGAGCUCGUCGUCAUCCACACCACCACCACCACCCCCACCACCACCACUCCGCCACAUCAAGUCCGAAGUCGAUUUCCGUUAUUCGCCGGAGCCGCCGAAGGGUGGCGCGAACUGUGGGGAUGUGCCACCGUACGCCAAGUUGCUCACUUGUGUCGUUGACCCCAAUCAAAUUGGUAAUAUGCACGGAAUGGUGCAUAUGAACGCGUUUCAACAGGCAAUGCAUCAUCAACAACAAAUGCAGCAGCAUCAUCAGAUGCAACAAGAGUCGAAACCGUUGUUGGUUUCAGCACAGAUAGAAGUGAUACCGUGUAAAGUGUGCGGUGACAAGUCGUCCGGUGUUCAUUAUGGUGUUAUCACGUGUGAAGGAUGCAAGGGAUUCUUCCGUCGCAGUCAAUCAUCGAUUGUCAAUUAUCAGUGUCCCCGACAGAAGAAUUGUAUUGUUGACAGAGUUAACCGUAACCGCUGCCAAUACUGUCGUCUGAAAAAGUGCAUCGAGUUGGGAAUGUCUCGAGACGCCGUGAAAUUCGGCAGAAUGUCGAAAAAGCAGAGGGAAAAAGUCGAGGAUGAGGUUCGAAUGCACAAACAGCUCGCCGAAGCAAGUGGACUCGGAGGGUAUCACAUCUAUGGCGACUACUCACCGCCACCAUCACACAGUUAUUGGUAG